UUUGUUUUAACCUGUUUGUCGUGUAGACUGUCACAUCACUCUGAGAGGUGACAUUUCUCCUUUUUUUCUUUCAAACUAGAUGUUCUAGUGAGCGCUAGCUGUAAUCACUUUGGGAGACUGAUAGUCCAUGACAGCUAAAAGUUGGAUUGAGUUUCAGGAGCUACUAUAUAUAAAGCUGGGUUGACUUAUGUCACCGCACUAAUUAAAUGCCAUCUGGGUGGCUCCUCUGGGUUUUUGAGUCCAUCACCCAGUUCAGAUCAGUCAGAGGCCAAGGAGGAGAACAUGAUGAUGGACCUUUUUGAAACUGGCUCCUAUUUCUUCUUCUUAGAUGGUGAAAAUGUGACUCUGCAGCCAUUAGAAGUAGCAGAGGGCUCUCCUUUGUAUCCAGGGAGUGAUGGUACCCUGUCCCCUUGCCAGGACCAAAUGCCCCAGGAAGCCGGGAGCGACAGCAGCGGAGAGGAACAUGUGCUGGCGCCUCCAGGCCUGCAACCUCCCCACUGCCCCGGCCAGUGUCUGAUCUGGGCCUGCAAGACUUGCAAGAGAAAAUCUGCCCCUACAGAUCGGCGGAAAGCUGCUACCCUGCGCGAAAGGAGGAGGCUGAAGAAAAUCAACGAGGCCUUUGAAGCCCUGAAGCGCCGGACUGUGGCCAACCCCAACCAGAGGCUGCCCAAGGUGGAGAUUCUGCGGAGCGCCAUCAGCUACAUCGAGCGUCUGCAAGACCUGCUGCACCGGCUGGAUCAGCAAGAGAAAAUUCAGGAGCUGGGGGUGGACCCCUACAGCUACAGACCCAAGCAAGAAAUUCUUGAGGGUGCGGAUUUCCUGCGCACCUGCAGCCCCCAGUGGCCAAGUGUUUCGGAUCAUUCCAGGGGGCUCGUGAUAACGGCUAAGGAAGGAGGAGCAAGCGUGGAUGCCCCAGCCACCAGCAGUCUUCAGUACCUUUCGUCCAUCGUGGACAGUAUUUCCUCGGAAGAACGCAAACUCUCCAGCGUGGAGGAGGUGGUGGAGAAGUAACUCAGCCAGCAUUUGGGACAUUCUUCAAUCAACAGGAAGACUCCUUAACGCCUAAUCGUUUAGGUUAGGGCUCCCAGACCCCUAGAGUUUAUGAAAGGCCGGAGACACUCAGAAAGAGAAACUCCUAGCCACCUCAAGUGAAAAAGUCCUUUGCCCUUGGCUUUUAAUAAUAAUAUUAUUAUACAAAUAUUGUUUGGAACCACUGUUGGCUUAGCUCUAGAACUUAGCUUUAGUUUGGUUGGUUUUUUUUUAAUAUAUAUAUAACAUAUUAACUUUUAUUAUGGUCACAAGGCCCUUUCGUAUCGGUUGCAAACGAAGUUCAUUCCUGUCUAAAUCCAAGUGGGAACGUUUAAUCCGAAUGGUGUUUAAUGUACUUUUGUAAAUAGUCUUAGUACUUUCAUUUUUAUGUAAGCCCAAAGAAUAUAUUUUAAAUGUGGAAUUAAGCAUUGUAUAUAAAAUGUGUGAAGAUCCUGGUAUUGUAAUAUUAAAAUAUUAAUACGUUUCUACAUGUA